AUGCGGUCUGCUUAUAAAGGCCAUGGGAGCCUUUCGGCUUCCUUCCAUCUAGUUUUCUUCUUAGUCAUAAUCACUCUGGCAGGUACUGUCACCAAGAAAGCUAUUGUUGAGUGGUCACCCAAUGGUCAGCCAUUUCGCGAUCCUAUGCUCGAUCAUAGCGCUUUGGUCGAACUUCAUCUUCUCGAUCGCAUCGUGUUCGUUUGCGACAAGAACAUACCAGCUGUCAUUUAUCGGGUAUCCGAGGAGUCGUUCGAUGAAUGUAAGUACGACUUAUCAGCCGAAUGGAUCGGUGAAUGCUCAGCUGGUACGAAGUACGUUACAGUCACGCUGAGGUCUAUUAGUGCAAUUCCUACACAAUCUGCGUACAAUGCCAAUACAACCUAUUUUUUCACGUGUUCCCGUGCAGCGUGUAUCAUAUGGUGGGAGGCCAACAACAACCAGAAGAUUUGUCCCGGAAACUACUACCACACCAACAAAAAGGAAUAUCAUCGUGCAUUCUCUUGA